AUGUUGGAGGUUUUGGAAGGAGGUUUCAGCAAGUCCCUGGAAUUGGUGGACUUGAAAAGAACUCCAGACAUAGGAAGGAUAUCAUAUUCCAGGUUCAAAAACAGCAUUAUGAGAAGGCGUGAAAACCGGAUUCCUGUUGCAAGUAGCCCUAUCUCCACUAGGUGGCAGCACAAUCAUGCACAAGAUCUGGAAUGUGCAUCACCCAUUAAGACUCACAAAGGCUCAUCUUCUCCUUGUGAUGACAGCAUCUGGAGCCCAGAGAAGAAGGUGCUAUUUCCAUAUUUCACAGAAACCACCACUUUACGCAGUCCUGACCUUAAAUCACCCAGAAGAGAAGAGCCAGCUGCCCAGAACCUUAAACAAAAACCUGUAAGAAAAUCACAGAACACAAAGAAAUUCCUACUCCACCAGAGAUUCCUGGGAGCUUUGGAGGAACCAAAAUAUGGCUCCAAUAACCGCCAGGACAGCAGUAUACAGAUUUGUAAACAGGAAGCCUGUAAAUGGGGAGGUUGCCAUGAAGCCAAGAAGAAGAAGAUACUUUCUCCUCAAGAAGCUACACCAUGUUCUAAUGACAGCUUGCAGCCAGAAGUUAAACUGCACCUUACGGGUCUGCAUAAUGAUUAUUAUCUAAACCUGCUGGAUUGGAAUUCUGAAAAUCUUGUGGCUAUUGGGUUAAGAUCAGUGGUGCAUAUCUGGAGUGGAGAAAGCAACUCUGUAACACAGACAAUACGUUUGCCUUCCUCAUCCACUUACAUUUCAUCUGUAUCAUGGAUAGACUGCGGGGCCUGUCUGGCAGUUGGUACAAGCAAUGGAGAGGUUCAGCUGUGGGACAUUGAGACUCAAAAGAGACUGAGGAACAUGCUUGGCCAUAUGUCAGUAGUUGGAGCACUGAGCUGGAAUCAACACAUUCUUAGCAGUGGUUCUCGACUUGGACAUAUACAUCAUCAUGAUGUACGAAUGGCACAGCACCAUGUUGGGACUGUAACUCACAAGCAAGGCAUUUGCAGUCUAAAAUGGUCCCCAUCUGGAAAACAUUUAGCUAGUGGUUCAAGUGAUGGCCAACUGAAUAUCUGGCCCAAUGAUCCAGGAACCACAAGGCUUAACGCACCAUUACAGAACAUGGGGCACACAACAGCUGUCAAGGCAAUGAGCUGGUGUCCUUGGCUGUCGGAGAUAAUUGGCGUAGGAGGAGGUAUGACAGAUGGACAUAUACGGAUCUGGGACAUAAGCACAGGGAAGAAUAUCCACUCGGCAAACACAAACUCACAGAUUUGCUCCAUCCUCUGGUUGCCUGAGACAAAAGAACUGGUGACUGGUCAUGGACCCCACAAAAAUCAAAUGACUAUAUGGAAAUAUCCAUGUUUAUCAAAAGUGACUGACUUUUAUGGCCACAGAGGCAGAGUCCUUCACCUUGCGUUAGGUCCAGACCAGAAGAAGAUUUUUUCUGCAGCAGCAAAUGGGACAUCUUACAUAUGGAAAUACCAGUGAAUGAAAUUCAAGAGACUCAUUGGAAGAUGCAAGCAUAAGCUUCCCGUUUGGCCACAUAAGAACAUGCCCUGUGGGAGAUUUCAGUGCAUCUUAGAGAUGCAACAUCUAUUGUUU